GCAGAUGUUCGGUGAGACUCGAGAAAAAACACGGAAGUGUCAAAAAUUCGAGUCUGUUUUUUUCCUGUCGGGCGGCAGCAGCACCGUGGAGCGACCCAUCACAUGAUUGCAGAGACAUGGAGGCGCGUUUCCCGAUGGCCUGAUCUGGACUAAAGUGAUAUAACACCGCGUUGCUGGACCAUCAGUGUUACACCCUGCCAUGGAGAGAUUAGAGGCUUCAUCAGAGCUCCAGUCGCGGCUGUCAUCUCUGUCCUUCUCCUCGUUCCCCGGUAUAACAUCCAUGCAAGGCGACAACCGACCGCUGGACAGGCUCCAGAGCACAGACCUUUCACAGGGCUGCACCCAGUCCCAGAACCAAGCUGACAUGGACCAAACCAAGGAGGAUUCAGGGCAGCAUGCUGAGGGUAAUCAGGAGGCCCCUGCUGAGCUGGCCCUCGGGGAAGGAGGCGAGGAGAACAACAGUGCUGGGAGCUGUCAGCUCUCUGCUGAGAUGAAAGCCCAGAUGCCACCCCUGAAACCCCCGACGACAUGGACAUCUGCUGCGCUGAAGGAGCUGAAGGCAAAGCUGCGAACGGAGGAGGACAGCGUGGUGACAGUGUACCGGGGCGACAUCAUGACAGUUCAUGUGCCCACUGUCCCCGAGGCCAAAAAAGUGUGCUGGGAGUUUGCAACAGACGGCUAUGACAUUGGCUUCGGCAUAUAUUUCGACUGGACUCCUGUCACGAGCCGGUCCAUCACUGUGCACAUCAGCGAGUCAAGUGAUGACGAAGAGGAAGAGGAGGAGCUGGAAGGGCCUGUCAGUAAUGGAGACAUCGAGAAGGGCUCCAAAAGUCAAACCAACUCGAACUUGGCCGAAAUCCUGCCUGUGUACCGCCAGGACAGUCACUUGUCCGUGAAUGGGGGAAGCCACGACUUUCCAGGUGAAGGCACUUAUCUCCUGAAGUUUGACAACUCCUACUCACUAUGGCGAAACAAAACUCUUUACUACAGAGUUUAUUACAGUGCCUGAGAUGCCAAUUUAUUGUUUAUGAAUGUAUACUUUACAGAAGAAUACUACUCUUAAGAACUAUUUUUGAUUCCAUGCUUGGAAGAAGCUGAAAGUUAUAAUAUAAAAAGGUUAAAUAUAGGCAUAUCUAUUUUUUAUCACUAUCUGCUUGUUUUGCCACAUACUGAAUUAUAUGCUCAGAUUGAUUUAUUCCAAUGUCUUGCUGAUAGAUGUACGAAGACGCCUUGCAUAUGUGCCAUAUUCCCAUGUAUGCACUGUGCUAUGUGGUCAAGUGCCGUCAUAAAACAUAUAUCGUGUCCAGCCGUAACAUUUCUAUGGUAGCAGUGAUCAGGGAACACCUGCACAGAAUCUGUUUCGCCAGUCCAGGUGCUUAAUCAGCAGUGCUCUAAAGAAAUGAUGUCCUUUAUGUGUGUGUGUGUGCGCGCGCGCGCGCGUGUGUGUGUGUGUGUGUGUGCACGCGUGCUGCUUCUUUGGUUAUGUUGCUUUGUUGUCGUUACUUGUAUUUAUCCCUUUGCUUUGUAGCUUAACUUAUUUUUGCUUAAACGAUGUUCCACAAAUGCUGUGCACAAUGCCGUCUACUGUCAUAGUGGUGUGUUGGUAAAAGAUAUGAGUUGAAUGUACUAAAGUGAGCGGUAACUGUUUUCCAAAGUGUGCUUUUUAUGACACAAAUAAAAGUCGUUCCCUUAUCACAUGAAGCUCAUAUUAUGUAAUAUAGAUUCAAUAUUUACACAUGCCGCACCUCCCACCCUUUAAUUUGCUGUUUUCGGAGGAAGGGGGGUGGUCGAAAUGUAUUUUGUGCACAGAUCUGUGUAGGUAAACGUCACUGUGUGUGUGUGUGUGUGUGUGUGUGUGUGUGUUUUGUUUUAUUAUCAUCAGUGUGUUGGUCUUACAUGUGUUGAGUUGUUCCUUCCUGUUUUUUUUUUUUCUUUGUAAAAUCGACACGACUGUCACACCUCACUUGUGCGCAUGUUCCCAAAGAUGUCCCAGAUGUGGCUGCUAAUGCCAUAAACAUUGUAAAGCUACUGGUUCAAAGCUUCCAGUGAUCGCUGUAUUGUACCUUUUACUGUAAGUCAUGAUGACAUUUGUUCCUGAGAUUUAUAUUCCUCAAUAAAGAGAUUAUUGUGUA